AUGGCGGGCAACACCUCGGCUAUAGCUGGUGAAUCUUCAGGCCAAGAUCGUAGCGGCAGCCAAGAUUCUGGUGUUUCAGCGCCAAGGGGAGCGCGAACAAACCAGGGCUCGCUGAUCAAGGAGGUGCUGAAGAACUUCACCGUCGAGAAGUUCAAUGGUGAGGGCUAUGAUGAUUGGGCCUGGAAAAUGCAACUCUACUUCCGUCAGAUUGGAUUGCUGAAACUAAUGAUUGGGGAGGAGCCUAGACCGAGUGACCCCGCCCUGCAGGAAGAUUGGGACGAGCGUGCCUCGGCUGGCUACUACUUGAUGUCGCAGAGUUUGGAGCUGAAUCAGCGUCACCACGUCAUGCACUUGCUGCCGGAGGUUGAUUGCGGUCCGAAGGCGUGGACCAUGUUGAAGGAGCUGCACGCCCCUACCUCCGUCGCUGCGACGCUCAUGAUGGAGAGGGAGCUGUCCGUGUUGCGCCUGAGCGAGGGAGAGCCGGUGCAACCCAUCCUGUUCAAGAUGCGCGACCUCUACGCGAAGCUGGCGAUUGCGGGAAUCACCUACCCGGAGCAGACCAAGUGCUUGAAGAUGCUGUCGCUGCUGCCGGAAUCGUGGCUUCAAUUCACGAGCGGAUUGAGCCUGCCGCAGAACCAGAGCUUGUGGACGCUCGAGUGGGUGCGGACAAAGAUUCUGGAGGAGGACUUCCGUCGCCACCAACUGAGGGGUGGAGACGACGGCAGCAGCGGGUACGGGAUGCAAGGGAGCCGACGUGGGGGAGGACAUGGCUUCGGUGGUACUGGGCGCGGUGCAAAGAAGGACGACGACUCCAACGACCAACAAGGAGGUACCGGUUGGGGUCGUGGUGCGAAAUCUGGACGUGGGGGCAAGUCGGGUGCUGGUGGCAAAAUGAAAGGGAGUUGCUGGUACUGUGAGAAGGAAGGGCAUCCCUGGUUCUUGUGCUAUAAGAAACCCGAUGGAUGGACCCCCCAGAAUCGUCACCAGGAUGGCGGUGCGCGGAGGAACCAGAAAAACGGCGCCAACAUGGUCGCUGAUUCGUCCGACAACAACCCAAAGGGCAACGGCGGUGCGGAGAAGAAGAAGGAGCGCACCGCGGGCCAAUUCUUCCAUGUGGGAGACAAAGGGGAGCAAGGAGACGCAUCUGCUAAGGUUGGAGCAGAGCUGCACCCCCUGGACUAUUGGGUGUUGGACACAGGCGCUGCUUGGACGAUGACGCCGCGCAAGGAUCUGCUGGACGAAGUACGCACUGCGCCGAUCAAUGAGGUGUGCUCCGCCUCUGGACACAUGUUGAAGGUGGCUGGUGCGGGACGAGCUGCGUUUAAGGGAGCGGAUGGCAAGCCGGUGGUGCUGCACGACGUUCUCCUCGUCCCCGACCUGAAGGCCAACCUUAUCUCCCUCCGUAAGCUUGGCAAGGCAGAGGUGAACACCAACACGGAUGGGGCAUGCACUUAUAAGGGGAAGCUGGGCAAUCGGGUGCUUUGGGAUCUGCACGAGAGCAAGGACGUGUACAGAUCUAUGUGGCAGCUGCCGGCGCUGGCGUGGCACGGUGGGGGGCAGGCUGGAGAGGGGUCUGCAUCCCAGGGGGAGUGCAACGCCGUUGGAGGAGUUGGUGUGAAAGUGUCGGCCAGAUCUGGGGAGACGGAUUGGGCAACGGCACACCGACGUUUGGGGCAUGUGGCAAUGCCUUUGCUGAAGCAGCUGGAGAAGGAUGGAGCCGUUAAGGGCUUGAAGCUGAACGGACAACCACCCGAUGAUAACUGUGAAAUUUGCCUCCUUUCAAAGUUCACCCGUUUCCCCUUCCAUAGUGUGGCUGGCAGGAGCAAAAAGCCGUUGGAGCUGGUCCACAUGGACUUGGUGGGGCCGCUGCCGAUGCAAGGGCACAAGGGGGAGCGGUAUUUCCUAACCAUAGUGGAUGACUGGAGCAGGCUAAUGUGGGCGUAUCCGCUGAAGCAGAAAGAUCACGCCGCCUCCACGAUUCGGGACGAUUGGCUGCCGUUCGUGGAGAAGCAAGCGGAGUGUGUGGUGAAGCGGAUUAGGACAGACCGGGGUGGUGAGUUCCUUGGAGCUGAGAUGACGGCAUGGCUCAAGAAGCAGGGCAUUCAGAGGGAGCUGACCACGGCUUACACCCCACAGUCUAACGGUGUAGCAGAACGGGCGAACCGGACUAUUCUAGAGACAGCUAGGGCGCUGCUCAUAGAAUCUGGGCUGGGCAACUCGAUGUGGCCCCAUGCUGUUCGGCACGCUACCGUGGCUAGGAACAGGGUGCUCACCAAGGUUGGGGAUGACUCGUGGGUGCCGUUGGAGAGGUGGCUUGGGAGGAAGCCGCCGGUGGACAUGCUGAGGGUGUUUGGCUGCAUGGCAGUCGCCCACGUCCCCAAGACCUACCGCAAUAAGUUGGGGGCGAGUGCAAUCUGGUAUGUGCAUUUGGGGCUGGCUGCCGAGAGCAAGGGAUGGUUGCUGUGGGAACCACGCAAGGAGGCCAAGAUAUCACAGGAGAUGGAGCAGAUUACCAUGCAGCUGGACCUGACUCCUAGUGUGCAGGAGGAGGGAGAGGAGGUAGCUGCAGAGGGUGGUGAUGGAGAGAAGGUGCAGGAGGCACGUGCUAAUGGAGGAGGUGAUGUGGAGACUAGUGGUAGCAUCAGGGAAGCUGCUGAAUCUGAGGGAGGAGAGCAGCAGCAGGGCAAAGCUAAGGUGCCUAAGCUACCACAAAGGAGGAAGCCAAAGGGUGUUGUAAUGAAGGGAUGGGAGACACCCGUCUCUAGGCCAGGACGCACCCGCAUGGCAACAAUGAAGCUGACUGCAGGAGCUGAUGCAGCAGAGCAACAGCUAGGGACCGAGGAGGCAUUGCUGAUUCUACCGCACGGCUAUGACCCGGAUGAGGAGGAUGAGCCUGCGUACUGCUUUCUUGCCCCUGCACCAGAGGAACCAGCUAGCAUGGAGGAGGCAUUAGCUGGACCAGAUAGGGACAAGUGGCUGGCUUCUAGGGAUGCUGAGUACCAGAGCCUGCUGGAGAAUGGGACUUGGGAACUAGUGGUGCUGCCUGAGGGAAAGAAAGCGGUACAAUGCAAGUGGGUGCUAAGGAUCAAGACUGACGACAAGGGGCAGGUCACCAUCUACAAGAGUAGGUUGGUGGCUAAGGGGUUUAUGCAGAAGGAGAAGCGGGACUUCAAUGAGAUCUUUGCUCCCACUGCCAAACCCCCUACCCUCCGUGUCUUGUUGGCAGAUGCAGCCGUUAGUAGGAAAUUCAUUAUCCAGAUGGAUAUAUCAACGGCAUUCCUCAACGGGAUUUUAGAGGAGGAGGUGUUCAUGACACAGCCGCCUGGGUAUGAGGAUGGUACGGGCAGGGACCAGCAGCGUGAUGAGAGCCUCUUUCUCAAGGGGGAGGGGGAGGAGCUGGUGAUGUUUCUGGUCUACGUGGACGACAUUCUUCUCUUCAGCAGCAGCAUGAAGGAGAUCCAGAAAGUGCAGCAGCAGCUGAUGGAGAACUUCAAGUGCAAGAACCUUGGGGAGGUAAAGUACUACCUCGGGAUGCACGUGGAGAGGGAUCUGGAUCACAGGUGGUUGAAGCUGCACCAGGAGAAGUUCAUCAAGGAGCUGGGGGAGAAGUGUGGGAUUGAGAAUGAGCGCAAGGUUGCAACUCCCCUGCCAGCAGAAUUCAAGCUUGUGAAGGCUGCAGAGGAUGAAGGGGUUGAAGUUGAAGAGCAGCAGCAAUUUCAGUCCUUGGUGGGCAGCCUCUUGUAUGCAGCUGUUCACACGAGGCCCGACAUCUCUUUCUCGGUUGGGCAGCUGGCCAGGGUGGUGCAGAAUCCAUCAGAGGAGCAGGUGGAUGCAGCUGAGCGCGUGGUGAAGUAUUUGAACUCUCACCCAAACAUUGGAGUUCAAUACUCCGCAUCUGCACAGGAUUCCUCAUCUGUGGGAGGAUACAUCUGCGUAGUUGGGGGUGGACCUGUUAGUUGGAGGUCCAAGAAGCAGACGGAGACGGCACUCUCCUCUGUUGAGUCAGAGUACAUGGCAAUGUUCCAUGGGGUGAAGGAGGUGAUUUGGCUGAGGAGGCUGUUAGAGGAGAUUGGCCAGGAGCAGAAGGUCGCUACGCCGCUGUUUUGUGACAGCAAGGGGGCUCUUGGGAUGGCCAGGAACGCUGUGCUUCAUGGGCUGAACAAGCACAUGCGUAUCAAGUGGCACUGGCUGCGUAAGGAGGUGAAGAGGGGGACGAUGAAUCCGAUUUACAUCAAGACUCACCAGCAGCCAGCAGACUUUCUCACCAAGAGGCUUGCGGAUGAGCCUCAUUGGCGUUGUGUGCGCAUGAGUGGAAUGGGCAUGAACUGGUAUGGAAUGAUGGGAAUGCAGCCGGCAGGCUGA